CUAGAAGAUUGAUGAUGCUGACUCCCAAUUUCCUCACCACCAACCAAUCAGAGCUGCUCACGCCCUGCUGCUUAAACACUAGGCCGAAUUUGGGCAACACAAGGACUCUGUGCUUUAGGCCACCUUGCCCUGUCACCUGGCCCCUUGGAAGAUGGUGUAGCUGGGAACCCCGGCCGACACUGGAGGAGGGUGCUGCCUCCUGAGGAAAAGACAGAGGGGAUCUGACGGCCUGGCGAUCUCCGGGAAUCUUCAAAGGCAGCGACCCUGUUGGAGAGGCUGCUGUGGCGACUGCAGCUGGAAGGUCCAAGGCUUCUGGCAGAUAUUCAGGGCUGGGUUUGUUAAGAGUUCCGGACGAAGCUUGGAACCCAGGAGCUCUGGGCUACCCGGGCCCUCCCCGCCGCGCAUCCCAGCCUGCCCGUCCCGUGCGCGGCGUCCUGCCGGGGGCCUCGGGAUGCAGGAGGAAAAGGAAGGUCCUUUGCAGUCUGUUCAGGAAAAGGAUGGGAAUGGACUGGUCCAGGAUGCUUUCUAUCUGCAAUCACUCAUCACUGAUGCGUUCCAUGACGAAGGAUUUCAGAAAAUAAAAGAAUAUUUUCAACAGCGAGAGAACCAUGUUCCUCAAAAAUAUGAUAAUCUUUUAUUACACCAUCUUAACAGAUCAAUAAGUAAGGAACUGGAUAAAAAUGAAUUUCAGUAUGUUUCCCUGUUGCUGAAAUGUAUUCAGCAGUUCUUCAUGGACGGCCUCAAAGAAGAUGAGCCUUUGCUAAUUCAGCAGGGACUGAUCCCCAAGUUGGUUUCCUGGUUCGAAAGAACAGCAGACUUUCUGACCACGACAGAGUUAGCCUCGGACGCAUCUCUGAUGAGUGUGACAGAAGACUUUUAUGACACAGCCUUGGUUAUUUCCAGAAGUAGUAGCAAAGGGAAAAGUGAGAUGCUGGGUUCCUUCAUGUUUACCUUAGGACUUCUGGUGACAGAAGGGAAUGUAAAUCAUGGCAUCCAGCAGGAGGCGCUGAGGGCCUUGAACUGCAUUCUUCAAACGGUGCCUCGGGAGGAGAGAAAACAGCUUCUCUUGUCAGACGUGCCAUGUCAACUCAUGAAAGACUUUGCAAGGACAAUCUUGACUGUGGGUGAUUAUGACCAGCAGGUGGCUCUUUGUGAAGCAUUGUGUAGACUGACGACAAAAAAAUCAAGGGAGGACAUUGUCCAUCAGUGGUUUGAAGAUGAUGUCAUUGCUGAGGCUUUCAAAGAAAUUAAGCAUCAAGAAUUUGAGACGGACUGUAGACGGUUUCUCAAUCACCUAAAUGACAGACUUGGUGACCAAAGAAGAGUCGAUUCAUUUCCGUGCAUUGCUGCUUUUGCUGAUGAGCUUGAGAUGAAGAAACCUGCGGAUGAAAAAUUAGAGAAAUUUUGGAUUGAUUUCAACCUAGGCAGUCAGAGCAUAACUUUUUACGUAAACAACACCGAGAGCGCCCUCUGGGACUCCGUAAGACUUUUGAAGGAUGCGGUGAUUACUUUCAGCGUAAUAGAAACUGAAAUGAAGGUGCUCAGAAUUUUCCUGAAGAAGCCUGUUAAUAUCGGAAACAAAGAAGUGAUGAAAAUAGAAAUCCAUUUUGAAUUGCAGUUUGACAUAGCACAAGCCUCCAUCAAGGCCUUAGGAGAAGACAAGCAGGUAAUGCUUGACCAGACAAAAACCUUCUCAGACCUUUUUGAGUUUGAAGAAGAAGGGACUGAGAUUUCUAGCAGCCAUGAAAGAGAGACAGACCAAGCAAAGGAAUCCACUGAGCUGGCAGAGUUAUCCAGUCCUGAAGAUGACCAUGGCUUAGCCACUGUCCCUUUAAAUAACCAGUCUGAUCCUGCUCAGACAAAUACAGCUGAUGGCUCACUUGAAGAGUCGAGACUGGAUGACUCACAAAAAGUUACUUCAGAACUUGAGUACUCUUUAGAUUUACAAGAACCGUCAGCCAAAAUUCAGGUUCCUGCAUUAAAUGACCCAUCUCGGGACGAGUCUGCUCUUGAGGGUGACAGAAAGCGGGAAACAAGGAUGUCGUUUAAUUAUAGGAAACACCUCUUCUCGGAGAGUAAUCAAGACUCGAGUACCAGCAGCAGUGAACUCUCUUGGACCAGUAACCAAAAAAGGAAAGCCCUGAAGUCGUAUCCUAGCAGAAAAAAGACGAGAACGAGAAGUAGCGUCCGAUUCGUGUCACUUCUCCCUCCCAGUAGUGGCAGCGACCUUGAAAAAGACCAAAAAGAUACCUCCAGGCAAAAUAGUACCACACCUCCAAAAAUUUCUGGAACAAAAUUUCAGAAUAGUUCUGCCUUUUUAACUCCUGAAGAUUCUGCCCAGAAGACAGAACUUCAAAGUCCCCACCCACUGAGCAAUCUCUCUUCCUUGGAGCCCUCAGAUCUUGAAGAAAACGUCUCUAAGACGGUGGCCCAAGAGUCAUGGAUAAAAAGUACCAGCUUCAAACAUAAACUGCAAAACUUGGAAGACAGAGACAGAGCAGGUGGCCGUGCUGCUCAGUGGAAACAGUCAAGGCUGGAAGAAGGUGACAGUCCAGGAUCCCUUUCCUCAGUGUCAGAAGAAGCAGGCCUGGCAGUUAUGCCAGAGAACCCAGAAGAUUCUAUGAUGAUUGCAACUUUUGAAAACUUCACUCGAGAACUCAGAAGAAAAUUCGAGCUUAGGUACAGAAGGAGCCUACUUUAUUCCAAAAAUGCAAAGCAAGCACCCGAUUGCCUAAUGAAACUCUUAAACCAGAUACGUCAGCACAGACUGAAGAAACUAGAACAGUUUCACAGCUUCGUUCUUCAAGAGGUGAGCAAUCUUGAGAAGGAUAUUCAGGGUCUGCGGCGCCUGGAAGAGGAUGUUCUGGAAUUUUGGGGAAAACAGUCUGAUGAUCUGAAAUCAUUCUGUGAUCUGCAACUGCUGAGGCUCAAUCCAGUUCAGCCUUCGUGAAGAAAGCCAAAGCUGCCUCUGAUGUUGCAUCCUGGGCCUGAGCCACAGGAAGGAGAUAAAGCUGUCUCUGGCCAAGUGGUGACAGAUGCUCUGGGGUCGUUCACUCCAAAUGGAAUUCCUGAGAUCUGACAAGCUGAACUAGACUAUACUAUGUUGGUCAUUUGUCUAUUUUGUUUACAAAGGUUAACGUUUUGUAUUAAAAUUUGGUCAGAAAAUAGGAAGUUCAGGAUGUUUAGUGACUUGGAGUGAUGUUGCUUUUUGUUUGCUUAAAUCCUUUUCAAAAGUAAAAGUGACUUUUAUCUGA